UUACCUUUAAAUUCGGCAUAGAUACGUUGACUAUACUUUGAUGUGGCAAAGUAGCGCUCGCUGUGCCCUUUUCCGUGUCUGUAACGGCCGGAACUACACGCAUAUGUGAUUGCCGAAACUGUUGCGGCUCCAGCGCUUCAUUCGGACCCAGUGUCUUGCCUUGCACUCAAGUGUCAGUCCGCUAACUCAACCUAACUAAUUUAGUUUUUGUGAAUUUGACUGUUGACGCCUCCAAAACAACGUUACAGUGGCUCCCUGCUGAAAUGACCCUAAUAGUGUUCAUGUGUGUUCGUUGUCAUGGUUGAAAGUGGUAGUAGCGCUGGUAUUACACGUUCUUAAUGUGCCUUCGGCCUGUUGUUAACGUUAGCCACACCAGCUAGCCAUUAGUUUUUCGUGGAGACUAAAAGUUGAUUUCGGGAUUUUAACCAAUGAGAUUCGGCUCGCUGCUGUUAUUGACAGCGUCCUGAGCGUCGCAUACGUUAGAUACCGUUGACUGACGUGCGUCCAGCCAACCGCUGAGGAGAGAAGGCGGUCCUGUUACGGGAAAAGGCGGGGCCAAGUGUGCCCGUAUGUCGCCAGACGGUUAAUGAAGGCUGAGAAAGAGAAACUUUUUUUUCAGGGCAGUCAGCGUUGUAUGGAAAAAGGAACUGCUUUUUAGAACUUUUUGGAAUUUCUUUGCGACAUUUUUUUUUGUGGCUGAAACCAAACGAAGAACAUUUGACUGUCUGUUUUUUGGCGGUUGAAUAAAGUGUGUUGAUAAUCUGGGCCCAGGCAUAGAAGAGCCAUUAAAGAAACGAAAGUGUCCAAUGUUAGUAAUACUAAUAUGCAUAGUAUCGCAAUUUGAGCUGUUGAACGCCGCAGGAUCAGCAUCCCAACACUUUCAUUAGGAAUGUAGGACGUGUUUUUGGCAGAGUUGUACCUCAUUCCAUCACAUUGAGUUACAGUUACAGAGAAAACUGCAGCCUUGUUUUGUCCCACCAAGCAUUUAACCCACUCUGAGUAAUUAUACAAGUUUGAAUUGUUAUGCAACGGUAUCCCUUUAUUACACAUAUGGUGAGUAGAUUUACGGUUUGGAAAUAUCUGUAUAGAUGCAAUGUGUGCCUCCGGCUGAGAUGCCCGUCAUUUGAAAUGUGUCCAUUAUAGUGUUGGUUUGUUAACUCAGUAUUAUAUUUAGCAUGUUAUAGAGGACUAAGCAUGAAGUAUUUAGUCAAAUGAAUGUCCCGCCGGAGACUGAGCAGACAAAUAUCAAGUGACAAGGUAUUUUUUCUUUUGAAUUAAAGCCAAAACCUCUUGGCAAAUAUUUAUAAAAGUUGCAGAUGCGGAAUCAUUUCAGCACAGUAUUUUCAAUUUAAUUUUAGAAACCAGCUCCGCUUGGACCAUCAUAAAUUUUCCUGCAUUGUCUGCUUGCUCUGCAUGGAUUUGUUAGUCACGCAGACAAAGAUAUAUAAUUACAUUUGUUCCGCUUACCAAUUCUCUGGUCUGCUUUUCCUACAUUGAUAAAUAUUGGCUGUUAUCCACAUCGACCUACAGCCUCGAUCUCUCCGGUCACCGAAGCUCACAGCCCACAUUUAAAGGACCUCACCUGUGAUCCAGCAAAUAUCCACAAUCCUUCAUUUCAUCAAUAAACGGACGAUUUAGCUAUUUCACCCUUUUCCUCUCCACCUCCCCCCUGCUUCACGUUCAUUUUUCUUUUUUUUUUGUCGGGUCUCCCCAACCCGUUGGGCAAUUCAAGCCUCAGGUUCCAAAGUUAUGGCUGCAGUGCGAGCUAUUAAUACGGUUUGUUUGGUCAGUCUCCUAGCAGGCGGCAUCAAACACUAGAUGGCUGUGGCUGAUUAUAGCUGCAACUCAUUCCCCGACACCUGCUGAGUCGGAGAAAUCCAAGUUAACGGUGGCACUUUGGUAGCAGUUCACUGAGAGGGGGACAGGAAUCAGGGCACCCUGACUGCUCGCAUGCCACCUUGGAUGAAAGGACGCAAAAUAGGUGAACUCAAUAUCCAUGCCUGUAAUGAAUAUCAAUGAUGUGCAUCACUAACGGAACUAGCAGCCAGAUUUGUUGUCUCACACACAGAUGAAGCUGUGCUUUAACAAGUGUAGCAAAACCUACGCCGUUCACUCAUUAAUUACCUUCAGAUUUUAUUCCCAGUGAGACUACCGACAGUCAAAGAAGUAAAUUACUUGCAAAAUUUCUUUCGGACUUUAGCUGAGGAUUACACAUAGUGCUUCAGUUUUUGAAGUAUUUAUUCAAGAGAGAUGGACUUACUAAGAAGCCGUGCAACAGACUGAGAAAGAAAAGAUGUACAUCUGCUUUAAUCAGGUUAAGAGAUCGUUUGGAGCAGCUAUGAAAACAAAUUGCAUUUUCCAACCGUCGUCUGAAAUACACGGUGGACUCCCCACAAAAUCAAAUCUCACUUUUCUUCUUGGUGCCAGCCGGCCAAGUUAAUGUCUACCAUGUCGUUAGUAAGAUGUAAACUCCGAAAUGUGUUCCCCCUCCUCACGCCAGAUGUGUCCAUUUCCCCACGCAGUCCACACCCUCGGUAUAACGAGGUAGACGGAGCAUCGCGUUUGCAGACACGUCUCUGCCCAAAUAGACUCAGCGGACUGGGAACAGUUUGUGAGUGUCCUGGCACCAACCUGUUGCCUUUCUCCAGAGCACGGGAUGUCUGGAAGAAAUCAGACAGCUCUUCGUUAUCGGCCACCUGAUCUGCACAGAGAGCGAACGGGGGCCUUUUCCCUGCAGACCCGACGCAUGCCCCUUCCCUUGGUGAAAGGCAUCGAACGGAGAGACACAACGUUACACUGCAAGCUCUUUGCAAGAAUGGGGGACGACCGACCUUUUGUGUGCAGCGCUCCCGGCUGUGGACAGAGGUUUACCAAUGAGGACCACUUGGCUGUACACAAACACAAGCAUGAGAUGACACUGAAAUUUGGACCGGCCAGGACCGACUCUGUUAUUAUUGCAGACCAGACACCUACUCCCACCCGCUUCCUUAAGAACUGCGAGGAGGUCGGUCUGUUCAAUGAGCUGGACAACUCCUUCGACCAAGACGACGAGGACAAGCGAGCAAAGAACGCCCUCCCUGCUCCCAGCUCCGGGGCCGUGGACAUGAGCAUGCAGACGGCAUCGGACGUGAAGGUGAAAGAAGAGGAACCCGUAGAGGUGGACUCCUCGCCACCAAGCAGCCCCGACUCUUACUCCGGAGAUUCGGAGAACUACUACGAGCCUCUGGUCCGAGGGAAGGACACGCCGCCCAGAAUUUCAGGCCCAACCCCGACUAUCGUGCGUCCAGGUUCCCUGCCACUACACUUGGGCUUUGAUGCGCUUCAGCCCACCAUGCCGUCACCCACCUCUGUCAUCACACAGGCACCACCUUCCAAUCGAAAUCUGGGUUCUCCAACCAGCCACUACCCCAUGAUGAUGCUUCCGUCUGGUCAGGCAGUGCCUGUGCUACCUGGUCCAAUACAGAUACCCUCUGUCAUUAACCUGGCGAGAACCAUGAGCAUGGUACCCAACAUUCCUGGAAUCCCCGGUCCUCCUCUGGGAGGCAGCAGCAGCGGCUCCAACUCCCCUUCUGGCUACAGCAUCCACUCAGAGGCCAAGAUGCGUUUGAAAGCUGCCCUGUCCCAGCAGAGCCCGUCAGGAUACAGCAUGGGGAUGAUGGCCAUGGGCGGCAGCCCCAUGGUACCUCAGAGGGCAGAGCAGAGCCAGCUGCUGGUCCAACAUCCUGAUGCUCCGUCACCGGCUCAACCUCAGGUAUCUCCAGCACAGCCCACAGGUGGGCGGCGGCGGCGGACUGCAGAAGAUGACCCAGAUGAACGGAGGCAGCGGUUCCUCGAGAGGAAUCGGGCCGCCGCGUCGCGCUGCAGACAGAAACGCAAACAGUGGGUCAGCUCUCUGGAGAGGAAGGCCGAGGAGCUGUGCACGCUGAACGUCUCGCUGUCGAAUGAAGUGUCUCUGUUGCGGAACGAGGUGGCUCAUUUAAAGCAGCUGCUGCUAGCCCACAAGGACUGUCCUGUGACCACCCUGCAGAAGAGGACUGCCUACCUAGCUGUAGAAGAGAGCAUGAAAGACAACUCAGAGCCCACCGGGUCCCCCGCCCCGGUGAUCCAGCACAGCUCCUUGGCACACAGCCCCUCUGCAGGGCACAACGGCCUGAGCUCAAGGGCAGCAGCUGAGGCCAUGGCUAUGUCCGUGCUGGCAGGAAUGGGCCAGCAGCAGAGGGCCGAGAGCGGACCCUCUCACAUUAUCAUGGCUGCACAGUCUCAAUCUGCUGCCAGAUGAUGAGCGAUGCCACCACCGCCCAGACUUGGCACAAAAUCAUCACCCAGGGAUAAAAAAGAGCAGCGGACCCCCCCUCAAAACUUGGCCUCAAUAGAGAAGUCCAAAUCUCCUGUCUUCCCCUUCGCCCUUCGCUGUGCUCCUCUGCUCUCUCUGACCCUCUUGUGGAGCCUUCAAGCCGCGGCCUGAAGCUCAGCAGCAGCCUUCUGAGAAUGGACUGAGACUUUUGAGAGAGCUUCCUGUUCACUUUGCCAUAGAUUACAGGGGCUGGACUCCAACUUCACAUCCUUGUUCCCCCUCUGUGACCCCCCUCCACCCCCCCUCCAGUCAAAUUGACUCUACUGCGGACUGUAGGACGGCAUCACUCUGAGUGUAUGCCGACAUGAACUUCCCAGCUUCUCACAAACUAGGCGUGGCAUAACCAUUCUCGAUCAAAUCAAGAGACCAAACAACGCACAGGACUUCACAGCGUUAUCAGCAGGGAAUUGUGCCUUGUGCUCCCCGACUUGUUAGCCAUGCACACACCCACGCACGGCGUCACGCCGUCUCACCAUACGUCCCUGUACAUCCGCGGCGCUAAAGAUGCAGUAGUUGUCUGGACGUCAGCGACUCGGAUCUCAAAUACUCACUCAAACCUUUUUUAAAUGGUUCCACCAAAAGGUGAUCUCCACACGGACCCAAAUACCUUACCUCAAUUACUCCCCAUUAGCAGUAUAAAAUGAAUAAACGGUGUGUGUAAUAAGCUCUGUCGUAUAUAUAUAUAUAUAAAUAUAUAUUUAUAUACAUCCCAACAUAGUGGUUUGCCUACUCCUGAACUGAUUCGUUAAUAUCUAGAUUGUUAGCAUGUGACUAUUAGGGUGUUAUGUUCUUGAUACAGCCAUGUGCAGCUAAAUACUUUUUUGUAACUGAUUGGCACAUUGUCCCAGAUUAGUCCACAGAGCCAGAACCAGAUUAUAUUGAUGUUGUACUAUCUUAAAAUUAGUUUGAUUGAGCAACAAACUGUUCUCAACCUCCCCCCUCCUCCUUACUUUAGACUAAAACACAGUUUUGCUGUUCAUUGGUUUGUGAGUGGACGCCUUUUCCAUUUAAUAUGAAACUAUUGCGGUGACUGUUUCUCCUUGCGGGGCCCCGGACUUACUGUAACUGUUAUUUUCACACUUUUCAGGAUGGUUGCACAUCCUUGCUGCUCAUUGGAAGUGUGAUGAACCCGGUCACCCUGCUCUCUAUCAAACCCAAACUAAGCCAUACUGACCACAAAUCAGAUAUUUGAAUCUCUAAAGACCACCUUGCACGUGUUCUGGGUCCAGGAAGUGUUUAGCCUUACUGUUACUUUGUGACUCAAAGGUUGAAGUGACAAAGUCUACAGUACAUCCCUGCUUGUUACUUGCACUUACACUCAGUCUCACAUACAAUUUCUGAUGAUUUUGCCUUAAGAUCACAUUGGUGCCUCCGAUAACUCCCCAAAAACACAGAUUGGCUCUGUGAAAACGUUUAUUUGUAUCGAUUUGUCAAUUUCAUCAAAAAAAAUCGAUCGAACGGGAACAAAGGAUUUAGUCAGUGGAGAUUCAUCAAAGCCUUAAAAAUGUACAUUUAAAUUUAAUUUCAGGGAUGUAAAAUCAUUUAAUACUUGCCUGUCAUCUGGUGGAAAGACGCAGCAAAGACAUCUUCACUGGAAAAGCUUUGAGGGAGAAGAACGUUUAGAGGUCUUUGGACUGUAACUAUAUGGUUCCCUUUCUUUAUGAACCCCACCAAAAUAUUUUAGCAACAUAUGGGUAUAUUUUUUCAUAAACACCUAAACAAGCAGUUUUCUUUCCUUCAUUUUCUUCCUGUAUGUCUUUUCAUUUGUCUGAUAGGAUCAUAUAAAUGUGAGAUUUCAAAAGCAAGAUAUCAGUCCAUUCACUCGAGGAGUCUUGAUGCACUAAAGGAAAGCAAGUUUAAUAUUGCUUUGUAGUUCUGUUCAUUCGUGGUUGGUGCAUUUCUCUUGGUCUUUUUUAGGGGCAUCGGAUCUUUUAAAAAAAGAAAAUCACAUGAUUCUCCUAUCUGUACUGUAUUCAUUAAUGGGAAUGUGCGGAGCAACUUUAAAACCUUUUACCUUUGACUGAAACCUCUGUCCUGCAAAGAGACCCCGGCAUGUCGUUGUACGUCAGAGCUGGCGCUAUAUUUGGCCGGCAGUCCCUUAUAGACGAUUGUUCAUAUGAAAGGAGAAGUCAAACCAUAUUUAGCCUUCAUGUAGUUCAUGUCAUUGGCACCUUUUCUGUCAUUUUUUGUUUUCUUGUGUUGUGUGCUGUUUUCAGCACCAUGCGACCCUCGUCAUAACGCUUCUGAUUGUACUGAUGAAUAUAGAAACUAAUUUCUUUAACGCAGAGAUUUAUUUUUUGUUUUUCUAAAGAAAAAUAUAAUUUGCCCUCUAUCAAAAAAUAUUUUUUUUAUAUCUUUAUAGAUGAAUUGGGCCGUGUCCUUCUCAUUCAAGUCUUUUGGCAUAUUAAUGUUCCCUAGAAUUCUUUUGAAAAGGGCAGUUUAAAGACAAAUACAAACAUUUAAAAGUUGCAUAGUAUAUUAACGUUUUUUCACACUCCCGUUGUUGGACUGAUCAUUUCAAAAAUUGUCCUUGUACUGUACAUAUUUGUACUAUAUGAAUAUAUUUACUUUUCCAUGCAUGUCUAAGUGGAAUACUAUGAACACUUACAGUGCUGCCGUUUUAAUUAAAGAAAAUACAUACUUAAUUAAUA